AUGGCGAACAUGCUAUUGGAUUUCUUCCAGAACGACGUGUUUCGGAGCUUGAGUGUCGCCACUAUCAUAGCCUACCCUGAAAUUGCCAAAUGGUAUCUACCCAUUGUUUAUCCAGUUUCACCACUGGAUAACCUCCAAAGACCCAUCAUUCACGCGGGUGUACCAUCAGAUAGUUCGGCCACAGUUGUAAUAGUUACUAGAACGGCUUCUGUGUUUCGACCCGUUACUACUACAUUGACAACGCAAUCCACCGUAACUCGGACGCAGACUGAUACCGUUACCGAUACCACUACCGAUACUACCACGCGCACUUUGUUCGACACGACUUUUGACACUCUGACAGCCACGUCGACAUUGUAUGAUGGUAUACAAUACGUCACAAAAUACUCUGGUGUUGAAUAUGCAGAGGCCGUUCCACGUUCAACCUUCUCGCACACGUGGUGUGAUGAGACUGAUAUAAGAGACGAGGAAAGUCCAUGCGCACUUCGAUCUACUCCAAUACUUGCCCCGGGUCCUACCUCAGGUGAAGGCAAUCUUGCCUCAGGCAAUAAACUGCUUUUACCGGGUCCUGGCUGGAAAGACAUACUAUUGUUAGUCUGUAUUGGAGUCAUCGGAACGCUCCUAUGGAUCAUAAAACAACGUACAGGUCAACCCUGGAUGCUGGAGAAGUUUGAAGAGAUUGCCUAUCUGAAGGAGCGGCUGAAAGCAUUGACCACAGAAGUUAAUGAAACAACUAAGAAAAAUCAAGCCCUAGAAAUCACACUCGAAAACGAAAUAAGGAAGCACAGUGUUCUCCAAGAGAUACGUCGGCGAAUGCUGGAACGAUCGAAGAUGUUGUUCAGAAACCUUACGACCGUUCAAGUUUCAGUACUGAAAGAGCCCAAGGAGGUCUUCAUUAGGGUUUGCCAAGAAGCGAUGGCAGCACAAGAAAAGGAGAAGAAGUUGAUGGAAGAUCUCAAAUCAGCGAACACUGACUGUGCAAGAGAAAUAGAGAGACUAAAGCUUGUUGUCAAGGGGAAAUAUGCAGAAAUUGAGAACAUCAAGCGCCACGACGGUCGAGGCGACUUGAAGGACUUUCAAAUUUCACUGAAUGUGAGAGACAACGCGAUGCGACGGAGUGCGGACGUCCACGAGAGACAGAUGGCAGAAUUGAGAGCAGAACUUUCAAAGCUCACACGGGACUAUGACAACUUGAAAGCAAGCUCGGAUGAAUACCGAGAGCUCAAAGAUGGUGAUCUUGAGAAACUGAAAGAGCAAAGCCGUCAAGAUCAACAGAACAUGGCCGCACUCCAAGGCCAAUACGACUCAUUGAUACAAACAGCAACACAGCAAAUCCAGGAGAUGCAAGCUAACCUUGACCAGCAACAAUCGGAAAAAGUCAAGUGUGAAGAGGGAGCAAGCACCCUGCGGGACAAGGUUGCUGCAUUGGAAAAAGAGCUUGCCAGUGCACAACAAACAUCGCAAAUGGAUGACGCUCCGCCUUCUGAAUCAUCAAAAGAUGGUGAUGCAUCAGUUCCGUUUAGCCCGACCUGGCUCUUUGACCCUACCCAUAGGGUGCCGCCUCCUUCGGAGGAUGCACUUUGA